AUGUCUCAACUGAAUCCACUUCCCUCGGACAUGAUCUUUCACAUGAUGCAAUUUUGUGAUUUUGAUCAGAUGGCAGUUGUCAUGAUGGUUUCUUGUCAAUGGUUCGGAGAGUCAUUAAAAUUUGAAUUUGAAAAAUCAUAUGCAUCAAUCGAUAGGAAUAAUUUUUCAGAGAUUUGUUUACACCCAUCAUCAUUGCUCAUCACUAAUCUUUCCAUUUCACAAGCAACUUGUUCGUGGGAUACAUUGUUUGAACUAUUUUCUGAAUCAAAAUAUUUGAUAAAUUUGAGAUCAUUAUCCGUACAUGGAAGAGAUGAGACAGUUAAUAAGAUUGACAAGUUGUUUAAGGGGAAAACUCUGAAAAAUUUAACCUAUUUGGAUUUGGAUAGAGUUAAUAUUGGUGAUGAUGGAUUUAAGGCAUUGGCUGAUAGUCCUUAUAUCAAAAAUUUAAUUCAUUUGGAAUCAUUUUGGGGUGGGAAUUCAUAUUUGACAUCUAAAUAUAUUUCAGAAAGUGAAAAUUUCUCAAAAUUGACAUUUAUUGACAUUAGCAAUACACAAAAGAGAAACUAUGAAGGUUAUAUACAUUUUUGUAAAAGUCAAUUUCUGUCAAAUUUGAAAUCUAUUUCAUUUUCAAAUGAAGCCGACGACACGUUGAUGGAUUUAUUGACACACAAUACAUACCUUACUAAACUUGAAAGAAUCUAUAUGGAUAGUGGGACUUUCACCCCUGAUGGAUUGAAAAAAUACCUUAACAGUGAAAAUGCUAAGAAUAUCACUGACCUAUACUUGGAUUAUGCCGAAUUGGGAGAUGAAGGGAUGAAAGUCAUUGCUGAAUGUCCAAAUAUGACCAACCUGAAAGAAUUAUCAAUUGCAAAUGCAAAUAUUAGCAAUGUAGGAGCUCUAUAUUUAUUGGAGAGCAAGUAUCUGAAAAAUCUUACAAGCUUAACACACAAAAGUAACGAUCCAUUUUAUAUGGGUCGUGAUAUUGAUGAAGAAAUGGAUGCACUCUUGAAACAAUCUUUUAAGAACUAA